UCAGAAAUGUUCUUUCCGUGUGCAGAUCGUCGUUGUCACACAAACAAACCCGUCGUCGGUUUGUUGUUUGUGGAUUCUGACCCGGUUCGGAUGUGCUGUUGAACCGCGUCGGCUCGGUUUGGACCGACAGCAUGAAGUGUAUCGUUUCCGGGUGUCCGAACCGCGCCUACACGGUCCAUCUGGGAAGCUUUAGCCGACCACCGAAACGGUUCUUCAGCUUCCCCACAGAGCCGGCCCGAGUCAAGGUAUGGCUGGCAGCGCUGCGGGAGAUGGACAAACUGGACUCUGUGGAGCAGCAUGUAAUCUGUGAAGACCACUUCUUACGGGAAGACAUUUCCGUCAGCGGGGUCAGCAGCGACGCCAUUCCCCUCAUGCCCCCGUGCCUGGAGGGGCCGCUGGGCCUGAUCAACCCCUGGGGAGCAGAUUCUUCUGAGGAAGAGGAGCCGUGGUCAACUGCUGGUGACGACGAUGCUGUUGAAGGUGGAGAUGAAGCUCCUGCUGUUGUGGAACCUCCUGCACCAAAGCUGCCGCCGCCGCCGAAUCCAAGUGGAAGCUCAGAGAAUCAAUCAGAGGCCAAGAUAACCAGUGGGACAUCGACACAGAGUGAGGAGACAAACACGCCCAGUAAGGAAUCCACAAAUGACGUGUCACUCGCCACGCUGACACGCCGUUUCCUGGAGCUGAUGACGGCGGCACCGGACACCUUGGUGGACACGAGACAGGUGGCCAUGAGUCUGCACAUCUGUAAACGACGCGUUUUUGACAUCACCAACAUCCUGGAGGGCAUCAACCUCAUCCAGAGGAAGUCAGGCACCACGUUUGUGUGGACGGGAACGAGUCCGAUCUCUCAGUUCUUGUGGAGGAACCAGCAGAGGCUCCACAGAGAGAUGCAGAACCUGAAGCUUGUGGAGGAAACGCUGGAUGGCCUCAUCAAAAGCUGCGCCCAGCAGCUCUUCAAAAUGACAGACGACUUGGAAAACUCAACGUUGGCGUAUGUGACUCAUGAAGACAUCAGGCGGCUCAGAGUCUUCCAGGAGCAGACGGUGAUUUUUGUCAAAGCUCCAGAAGAAACCAAACUGGAGGUUCCUGCACCAAAAGAGGACAGCAUCCAGGUCCAUCUGAAGGGUGGGAAAGGCCCCAUCAUGGUGCUGACCUGUGACAUGGGACCGGGAGACACUGUGACCUCUGACCCCGGACAGAAGAGUGGCUGCUUCAUAACGUUGGAGGAGAGCCGGAUCAAGACGGCUGCGCUGCACACAGAGUCCUCGAGUCUACAGAGUGCAGUACAGAGUGCGUAGCCACUAGGAGGCACCACCCAUGCAUGGGUUUUGUGCAAGAACUUUAUUAGAUUAUCUGCAGACACCAGCAGGUGGGAUGUUUGAUGCUCCUGCACUCGCAGAUGGAACUUUGUGCUGAUGUCAGCUGUCGAAUGUGAAGAGAAAAGAAACAACCAUCAAACUGAUGAUGUCACAGAGGCAAGCCGACGGCCUGUGACCAGAGUCCCACCGUGCUGAUCUUGAGGACAUUUGGACCUUAAUUUCUGUUGUAAAAAGUCACAGUGAGAUGGUUUGCUGAGUUGCUGCAGACACCUGCGGUGUUGAUCUUUUUUAUACUUGUCAUUUUUAUUCGGUGUAACUUUAUUCUUUUGGCUUGGUGACAGACUUUGGAUUUCUAAAGUUGAAAAUGAUUCACAGAUGUUGAGAUCAAUAAAAAGAGUCCUUGUAUAUAAUAAAUUAUCAGCUGAUUUUCUGUUUGUACCCUGAAGGUUACUGGUUUGAAGCCCUCAAUCAGAAAGGCAGAUGGUUUCAAACUCAUCACCCUGCCCAUGUGGCCUUAAACACAACACUAGAUCUGCUCUAGCUCUGGAUUCUAACCUUUAACCUCUGC